AUGAAAGGCUCUGGCAUCCCUGACCGAGCGCCCACGCCCCAGGCACUCUUGGCCAAGGCUCUUUAUGACAACCAGCCCGACUGCUUUGAUGAACUGGCUUUCUGCAGGGGCGACAUCUUGACCAUUCUGGAGCAAAACGUGCCAGAAAGCAAAGGCUGGUGGAAAUGUAUGCUCCAUGGCAGGCAAGGCCUGGCCCCCGCCAACCGCCUCCAAAUGCUCACCAGGGCCCCUGCAGACAGACCUCGGCCCUCUCUCCCAGGAGGCCUGGAGGCAGCAGCGGCCAGCUCCGAGAAAGCAUACCAGGUGCCAUCCUUGCUCACCUCCUCACCCCCAGGCCCCAUCUACGAGCAUAUGAGAAGCUGGGUGGAGGUGCCCCUGCCAGCCAAUGACCAGGUCUACGAGCUCCCUGUCCUACCUGCCAAUGCCAGAAUUAUCUGCGAACAAACUCCAAGCUCUCAGAAACAGGUCCUUCUCACACUUCCCAGGCUUACCAAGGCCUCGUCACCAGCUCUGUCCUCCCAGGUGUAUGAUGUACCUGCCCAGAGCAGGAGCCUACUGGCCGUCAAGGAGCUGGAGAAGCAGCAGUUAUACGACAUACCUGCCAGUCCCCAAAAGGCAGCACUUCAACCACCGGGCAACCAAGCCAGAGAACACAGUGUGCCCCUGACAUCAGCGGUCCUGCCAAGAGAAGGCUACAAAACACUACCAAAUCCUCAGAAGUCAGAAUGGACCUAUGGCACCUCAGUGUCUCCAGAAAAAAACAGUGUCAGGAGCUUGCCUCUGAGCGGCCUGGUGGAAGAAACCAAGCCAAGCCCUUUUCCCAAGUUUGUCUCUGAGUAUACUUCCCCAGAGACCUGGACAAGGUCCCUCCGUCCACAACAGUAUAAAGAGGUGUCCCGGCAGAAACAACUCAGUCUUCCAGAAAUUGCUGCUUCUGGCCUCCCAGGACCCAGGAAGGAAAGUGUUAGCUACAAGGUUCCCUCAAGCUUUCUGGUUCUCCACGUGGAACAGCAAAACACUAGGCCAAACGUUUAUGACAUCCCGAAAGCCAUAUCCAGCGUUCCUGGGGUUACAAAAGAGCUGGACAAAGUAGAUGGGCCCACAGGGACCGCUGCGUGGUUUUCCAGAUGGGGUACAUCUGUGUCUCCUGAAACAGACAGGUUGUCGGUUUCCAGUUCCGAAAGCAGCAGGGCCAGCCUGGCGUCUUCCUGCUCCUCCACGUCCACCGAUUCCUCCUCCAGCUCCUCCUCCGAGGAGUCACCAAAGGAGCUCUCCAUGGACCAGAAUACAGCCAAGGAGACGGUCACGGCCCUGCAGCACAAAGUGGCUGGCGCCGUGGAGAACUUGAUGCUCUUCGUCAGCAGGAAGUGGAGGUUCAGAGAGUACCUGGAGGCCAACAUCGAUGCAGUCCACAGGGCAGUGGACCACACAGAAGAGUCUUUAGGAGAAUUUCUGGAUUUUGCCCGAGGGGUGCAGGAGACCACCUGUAACCUCAUGGAUAGUAACCUACAGACCCGGAUUAAAGAGCAGCUGCAAACUAUCUCCUGUUCCUAUCAGAUCCUACUCGAAACCAAGAGGAGUCUGGACAGCUGCCACUGGAGUCUGGAAGCUCUUGUGACAGACAAAAUCCAAAGCAGCCCGGAUGACCUUGAGACAUUUGUCACGGUGGCACGGAUGGUUCCAGAAGAUACGAAGAGAUUUACCUUCAUGAUCAUUGCCAACGGGAAGCUUCUUUUUAAGCAGAACUGUGACAAGGAACAGAUUGUGCAGUUGGCCCCAAAUGCAGACCAGGAGGUUGGAAAAGGCCUCCUGCUCCCCCACGUAGAAAUGGAAUCUCGCCAGAGGAGCACCGCUUUUAAUGAGGAAAGGAGCGGUCAACACGGCUCUGAACUAGCUUGGAAAAAGAGAACCAACGUCUGCGGACAGAAUACCAGCUCUCCGAUCACCCAACCUUCAAGUCAGCAGAAUAUGGAGAAGAAAAUCCGCCUUUCUGAACACUGCCGGCUGUAUUUCGGGGCUCUCUUCAAAGCUCUCAGAGUGAUUACCAGCAGCCUCAGUAACAGCCAGCCCCCAGAGACCUUCGUCACGCAGAGCAAGCUGGUCAUCGUGAUCGGGCAGAAGCUGGUAGACACGUUGUGCAAGGAGACCCAGGAACGGGAUGCGCGCAACGAGAUCCUGAGUUCCAGCAACCUCUUGUGCAGCCUGCUCAAGAGCCUGGCACUAGCCACCAAGGACGCUGCUCUCCGCUACCCGAGCCCCGCAGCCCUGCGGCACCUCCAGGCCCAGGCUGAGAAGCUAGAGCAACACACAAGGCAGUUCCGAGGGGCGCUGCAAUGA